AUGUUAGUUUUAUAUUUUGUUUGUCGCUUAGAACCUUUAAGUCGCACCGUAUCUUUUCUGUUCGGUAACAAUAAUGACAAUAGGAGACCUUAUCCCAGCGGAGAGGAUUUCGUUUGUCCUUUAGAACCUUUAAGUCGCACCGUAUCGUUUCUGUUCGGUAACAAAAAUGACAAUAGGAGACCUUAUCCCAGCGGAGAGGAUUUCGUUUGUCCUUUAGAACCUUUAAGUCGCACCGUGUCGUUUCUGUUUGGUAACAAUAAUGACAAUAGGAGACCUUAUCCCAGCGGAGAGGAUUUCGUUUGUCCUUUAGAACCUUUAAGUCGCACCGUAUCGUUUCUGUUCGGUAACAAUAAUGACAAUAGGAGACCUUAUCCCAGCGGAGAGGAUUUCGUUUGUCCUUUAGAACCUUUAAGUCGUACCGUGUCGUUUCUGUUCGGUAACAAUAAUGACAAUAGGAGACCUUAUCCCAGCGGAGAGGAUUUCGUUUGUCCUUUAGAACCUUUAAGUCGCACCGUGUCGUUUCUGUUCGGUAACAAUAAUGACAAUAGGAGACCUUAUCCCAGCGGAGAGGAUUUCGUUUGUCCUUUAGAACCUUUAAGUCGCACCGUAUCGUUUCUGUUCGGUAACAAUAAUGACAAUAGGAGACCUUAUCCCAGCGGAGAGGAUUUCGUUUGUCCUUUAGAACCUUUAAGUCGCACCGUAUCGUUUCUGUUCGGUAACAAUAAUGACAAUAGGAGACCUUAUCCCAGCGGAGAGGAUUUCGUUUGUCCUUUAGAACCUUUAAGUCGUACCGUAUCGUUUCUGUUCGGUAACAAUAAUGACAAUAGGAGACCUUAUCCCAGCGGAGAGGAUUUCGUUUGUCCUUUAGAACCUUUAAGUCGCACCGUAUCGUUUCUGUUCGGUAACAAUAAUGACAAUAGGAGACCAUAUCCCAGCGGAGAGGAUUUCGUUUGUCCUUUAGAACCUUUAAGUCGCACCGUAUCGUUUCUGUUCGGUAACAAUAAUGACAAUAGGAGACCUUACCCCAGCGGAGAGGAUUUCGUUUGUCCUUUAGAACCUUUAAGUCGCACCGUAUCGUUUCUGUUCGGUAACAAUAAUGACAAUAGGAGACCUUAUCCCAGCGGAGAGGAUUUCGUUUGUCCUUUAGAACCUUUAAGUCGUACCGUAUCGUUUCUGUUCGGUAACAAUAAUGACAAUAGGAGACCUUAUCCCAGCGGAGAGGAUUUCGUUUGUCCUUUAGAACCUUUAAGUCGCACCGUAUCGUUUCUGUUCGGUAACAAUAAUGACAAUAGGAGACCUUAUCCCAGCGGAGAGGAUUUCGUUUGUCCUUUAGAACCUUUAAGUCGCACCGUAUCGUUUCUGUUCGGUAACAAUAAUGACAAUAGGAGACCUUAUCCCAGCGGAGAGGAUUUCGUUUGUCCUUUAGAACCUUUAAGUCGUACCGUAUCGUUUCUGUUCGGUAACAAUAAUGACAAUAGGAGACCUUAUCCCAGCGGAGAGGAUUUCGUUUGUCCUUUAGAACCUUUAAGUCGCACCGUAUCGUUUCUGUUCGGUAACAAUAAUGACAAUAGGAGACCAUAUCCCAGCGGAGAGGAUUUCGUUUGUCCUUUAGAACCUUUAAGUCGCACCGUAUCGUUUCUGUUCGGUAACAAUAAUGACAAUAGGAGACCUUACCCCAGCGGAGAGGAUUUCGUUUGUCCUUUAGAACCUUUAAGUCGCACCGUAUCGUUUCUGUUCGGUAACAAUAAUGACAAUAGGAGACCUUAUCCCAGCGGAGAGGAUUUCGUUUGUCCUUUAGAACCUUUAAGUCGCACCGUAUCGUUUCUGUUCGGUAACAAUAAUGACAAUAGGAGACCUUAUCCCAGCGGAGAGGAUUUCGUUUGUCCUUUAGAACCUUUAAGUCGUACCGUAUCGUUUCUGUUCGGUAACAAUAAUGACAAUAGGAGACCAUAUCCCAGCGGAGAGGAUUUCGUUUGUCCUUUAGAACCUUUAAGUCGCACCGUAUCGUUUCUGUUCGGUAACAAUAAUGACAAUAGGAGACCAUAUCCCAGCGGAGAGGAUUUCGUUUGUCCUUUAGAACCUUUAAGUCGCACCGUAUCGUUUCUGUUCGGUAACAAUAAUGACAAUAGGAGACCUUACCCCAGCGGAGAGGAUUUCGUUUGUCCUUUAGAACCUUUAAGUCGCACCGUAUCGUUUCUGUUCGGUAACAAUAAUGACAAUAGGAGACCUUACCCCAGCGGAGAGGAUUUCGUUUGUCCUUUAGAACCUUUAAGUCGCACCGUAUCGUUUCUGUUCGGUAACAAUAAUGACAAUAGGAGACCUUAUCCCAGCGGAGAGGAUUUCGUUUGUCCUUUAGAACCUUUAAGUCGUACCGUAUCGUUUCUGUUCGGUAACAAUAAUGACAAUAGGAGACCUUAUCCCAGCGGAGAGGAUUUCGUUUGUCCUUUAGAACCUUUAAGUCGCACCGUGUCGUUUCUGUUCGGUAACAAUAAUGACAAUAGGAGACCUUAUCCCAGCGGAGAGGAUUUCGUUUGUCCUUUAGAACCUUUAAGUCGCACCGUGUCGUAUCUGUUCGGUAACAAUAAUGACAAUAGGAGACCUUAUCCCAGCGGAGAGGAUUUCGUUUGUCCUUUAGAAAAUUUAAGUCGCACCGUAUCGUUUCUGUUCGGUAACAAUAAUGACAAUGGGAGACCUUAUCCCAGCUGA